AGUCCCGCCCACAGGGUCCUUCCACCGGCCCCUGCCUUCGUACUUGCCCUGUCUUGGGCGCAAACGGUGUGCUGCCCGCCCCACUUGCAGCCUAGACGCCACGAUGGUACAGGCCUGGUACAUGGAUGAGUCCACAGACGACCCGCGGCUGCCGCACCGCCUCAACCCUGACUGCCCAGUGAGCCUGGAGCAGCUGCGCAAACUCGGCGUGCUUUACUGGAAGCUGGAUCCUGACAAGCAUGAGACGGACCCGGAGCUGGCGCAGAUCCGCAGGGAGAGGAGCUACUCCUGGAUGGACAUCAUCACCAUCUGCAAGGACAAACUACCCAACUUCGAGGAGAAGAUCCAGGUGUUCUACACAGAGCACUUGCACCUGGAUGAGGAGAUCCGAUACAUCCUGGAUGGCAGUGGGUACUUUGAUGUCAGGGACAAGGAGGAUAAGUGGAUCCGGAUCUCCAUGGAGAAGGGCGACAUGAUCACCCUCCCCGCCGGCAUCUACCACCGCUUCACACUGGAUGAGAAGAACUAUGUGAAGGCCAUGCGGCUGUUUGUGGGUGAGCCAGUGUGGACAGCGUACAACCGGCCAGCGGAGCACUUCCCAGCCCGGGAGCAGUACGUGAAGUUCCUGGAGCAAACCGCAUAGCUGCGCCUGGAGCCCACUGCUGUGCACUGAGUCUGGGUUGUUCUGCACGAUUACCUGACCAGAAUAUUUUUAAAGAAAGGAGCUGUACAACUGAUUUUUUACUCAGAAGCACCUGAGGAUGCAAAUAUCACCAUAAUGUCUGCUAAUUAAGCAAGAUAGGGGUGCUGGAGCCCUGGGAAGUACAGGUACUGCAGUGUACUUCAGCUUAAGCUUUCACCCAGAGCGAGGCUCCUGGGCAGUGUUCAGGGUGUGACAUCAUUGCCAGAGGAUGGUGGGGCCAGCCAGAUGCUGCUGCUUCUCCCAGGGCUGUAGCUGGUAUGGGAACGGGGGGGGGGGGUGACCUCCAGCUUCUCCUGUCCCUUCCUUAUCACAAUAAAGUCAUUGCCUUAACUCUA